AUGAACGAAGAGUGUUUUUCUCAAUUACUGAGUAUGGUACGCCCAUUUAUCCAAAAGCAAAAUACUAUUCUGCGAGAAGCAGUAAGUGCUCAAGAAAGAUUAAUAGCGACUUUGAGAUUCCUUUCUUCUGGUUGUAGCUAUACUGACUUGAUGUUCAAUACAGCUAUAUCUCCUCAGUUACUCUCACAAAUAAUACCAGAACCCUGUAUAGCAAUAUAUAAAUGCUUAAAGGACUACAUAAAGAUGCCAUCGACGACAGAGGAAUGGAUAGAAGUGAGCUCGGAUUUUGAAAGCAAAUGGAAUUUCAAUCAUUGCGUAGGCGCAAUCGACGGAAAACAUAUUGCAAUUAAAAAGCCGCCAGACAGUGGAUCACUUUUUUAUAAUUAUAAGAAAUUUUUUAGUGUUAUUCUGUUAGCAGUAGUAAACGCUAAUUAUGAAUUUAUAUACAUUCACGUGGGUACAAACGGAUGUGUUUCAGAUAGUUCCGUGCUGCAAAAGACUAAAUUCUAUGAGAAGUUGAUGGAAGAUGGGUUAAAUUUACCAAGUCCGUCAACGUUAACAAAUUCAAAAAUCACUGCACCUUACGUUUUUGUAGGAGAUAGUGCAUUCGCGCUUGAUAAAAACAUUAUGAAACCAUUUCCUCUGAAGAACAUAGCUCACGAUAAGCGAAUAUUUAAUUACAGGCUCUCAAGAGCUAGAAGGGUGGUGGAAAAUGCAUUCGGAAUUCUAUCCUCUAGAUUUAGACUAUUUCGUCGUGCUAUUUCCAUAGAUAUAGAUAACGUGAACACAAUUGUCUUAACUAGUUGUGCAUUACAUAAUUAUUUAUCAAGAAAUAAUAAAAAAUACAUUAAUAUAACAUCUCUGGAUAUUGAAAAUGAAUCCGAAGCGUCAUUUAAAGUAGCACAAUGGCGUAAAAAGACAACCGUAAGAAACGUAGAAUGGCGUGAAACACAUCCUUUAGUAUCUCUUCGUCCACUUAAAAAUCAGCGCAAUGAGCAAGGAACUGAAGUUCGACAAUUAUUUACAAGUUUGUCUUCUACUGAAAACAGUUGGAUCGAUAAGUCAAAUAUAUUGUAA